AUGCACACACCAACACCCACAAUCACAUCAACUCAAGCCUUCAUCUUUCUAGCCAUCUUCUCUCUUACAGUCCUACUCAACAUGGCUUCCAUGGGGUUCAGCUACGCACAGGUACACGUGAAGCAAGAGAGACUGAUGAGGAGGAUCAGCGACAUCAAGAAGGCUUCGGCAACGGUGACGGUAGACAAGUCGAUGACCCAAGAAGAAGAGAAGAUGAAGGAGCGUUUCAUGGGUGAAGAGGAGAAGGCAACUUGCAACUCAUGGACCGCCGGGAGGGUGCAUCCGUGCGCUUCUUCCCCAGCGGCUGCGGCGCCAAAGGGUGGGCACCGAUGA